UAAUAUAAUAUUCCGGUCCUGUUCGGCAAAAAUAAAAUUGACAAGAUGCAUGAUGCUUUGAUGUAUUCUGUGAGAUUCCGGAUUUUUUUAAUACGCCAUGAAAUAAUUAAAUAAUAGUAGCGAAUUUUUAUCAGAAGAUAUGAGCCUAAUUUCCAUCAUUUUAACCUUAGAAGGGUAAGAGAGAACCCGCGAAGUAAAUUAGUUUGCUACACCGACUCGCGAAAAUCCGAAUUGACCAAGUGUGGUCGAUUAAUAUAUUGACUCUAUUUGCCCUAAUAUUGCAAUUAAUUAAUAAUCUAAUAAAAAAUCAAAAGGUGCUAGAACUAUGCAAUCAAAUCCUGAACAUCAAUUUGGACGGCCAGUAAAUCCACAACAAACCCAUUAUGAUCAAUUUAAAAAAGAUACCGAGGCGGCAAGAAUUGCGUCUUUGGGAGGGCGACAUCGUGGAGGAAUAAAUAUUAAUGAGGGAGGUUCCACUCGAUCUGCAACUACCGAACCUGAUGAGGGGCCGAGUUCCAAAGGUAAGGGGAAACAAAUAAAGAUUGAUUUAAAUGAAUAUCCCGAUUCUGAUGAAUGA